CUCGGCCCUCCUAAUUCCCGAAGUACGACGCUUGAUGUCUAAACUGCGUCUACAUGUUUAACUGGUUCAUAGGAUCAGAAGGAGCCAAUAAUUUUCAACACAAGAAGGCCUUCGCAAUAGCUGAAGAGUACGUUUCCGAGAAGACAAUUGAUGAAGUUCGGCAAGGGGCCAGCGUUGUGUCUGUAUCACCUAGCGGAAGAAGUGAGAGCACUCCACCAACCACUGCCACCACCGCCACACCAGAUUUCCCAUCCACAGAGGACUCGCCGACUGGACACAGCAGUAUCAUGGACAGUCAGACUUCCAUCCACCGACCGUUCGAGCACUUCAGAGAUGUCGGACGCGUCUACAUCACCACCCGGCCUCCUCAAGCGGAGGCAUCAUCCAGUUCAGCUACGUCUAAUCCGUCGGAUAGUGCAUCUUUAGACGCGAGUAUUUCAUCAAUCAGGACCGCUACAACAUCGUCGCCCACCACGGCUGUUCCAGAGACGACGUCGACUACUACCCCCGCCCCCGUCUCCCAGGGUCCUAACAAUGGAAUCACGUCGCAGACAGCAUCAUCUCUUGCUCAUACUCGUUCAUCGGGCCCUCCAGCUUCUUUUCAUCAUACUAGUCAGGAUACAGGCGGAGAUACAACUUCCACCAUCACUUCGACCCACACAAGUUCAACUUCCACUACUUCCAAUAAAGAAAACCAUAGAAAUGGUAACAAGGGAGCGCAGUCUCAAACAUUAGGCGUGGCGACUGACACCAAUUUUGGGUCUUCUCAGUCGGUUCAUGGAACUCCUACACGAGAGCCGUUGCUACCGAUUCUGUUCUCCGGCACUUUCGGUUUACCUCAUGGAUCAAUAGGAGAACAUCUACACAAGAGACAUCGCCUGGGGUCGCAACCUCAGACCUCCACCGUUACUACACCUCCUCAGGGACAAACGGAAGUUCUAACUACUACUGCUUCCCCAUCUCCUACUCCUUCCGAUCAGGAAACAAAUAACAAUGACUCCCCCGAUUCGGGAGGGCAGUCUCCAACUGAUAACUCUUCUCAGUCGCCUCAAGGGUCACCUACACAAGAGCCGCUUCAGUCCUCUGCUUUCACCUCUUUGCCUCAGCAAUCAACCGAAGAAGUGAAAACUACAUCCGCCACUGCAGCUGCUUCCCCAUCUUCUAAUCCUUCCGGUAAAGGAGACAAUAAUGAUGGAUCCUCCUCUGGUGAACAGCCCCCACCCGUUGGUAAUAGCGAUCCGGGUAAUACAGGAUCCCCAUCCACUCCCAUUGUUCCUGGCUCUUCCUCCACUCCUGUCCCUCCUAAAGAGCAUCAGCCUGAUGGCGGAUCACCGUCGGUACACGACCCUAACUCUACCGACUCGUCCCUUCCCCCUGCCCAUAAUUCCGACGGUAACAGUUCGACCUUAAAUGGGACUCCUCCCCUUACACAUCAACAAGGUCCCACUUCCACACCCGCAGGAGCGACCAGUACAACUCCCAGUGGCACAGGUCCAACUGAUGGACGUGGUUCGGUGGCAACUCAAGUCCCACAUCCCUCCAGCACCCAGUCGCAAGAACAACCCGCGAGCAAAGAUGAUGGGCUUAUCAGCCCCACCCCCACUGGUUCAGAUACAAGUCUCAGCUCACCGCGACUAAAUACCUCCGAACAGCGUCCGGCUAGGAGAACGGAGAUUAUUACGGCUACGGUUACAACGUCCGUUGCAGGUGCUCCUUUUCGACCUUCGAAAGGCCAGAUUGGCGGCAUAAUUGCAGGAACCCUAGGCUUCUUCGCUUUAUUCAUAGCCAUCCUGAUCUACCUCAUCCGGCGAAAACGCAAAAGGAUGGACUUCGUCCUUGUCUCCCCACACGAUAGUCGUUAUAUCGAGUCUGACGCCGAAAUGGUUGAAACUGGCGAUGGCCAUGAUGUACUGCGGUCGACGACUCAGACUCUACCUGGCAAGGCUAGUGCCUCUGACAGCUUUUCAUCUCUUCCCUCUCAAGGGAUCCUCGGCUAUGAUACCCCGAAAAUCUCCAACAAUCCUUCCACUCUCAGCUUUCAGCCUCCAUCGCGUAGGAUGACAAUUAACUCGGUGGAUGACGUGGAGACUGUGUAUUGGAGGUCAUACUCUAUUGAUACCGCCGACUAUUCCGAGGAAGGACACAGUGUUGAGUCGGAAAACCCUCGAAAGACGCACCACGGGGAUGUUCCUUUCCAACCGGUUUUGUGUAAAUCACCGACAGUCAUAAGCCGUAACGGCGAUACUUCAGACCACAGAUAUGGUUACGCCGUUUGA